AACAACUUAUAAACAGCCAUUUAUUUUACCUUGACCCAUCACGGACUGCCUUUUCUCUUGAUGCUAAACCCGUGAAAUAUCCUGAUAACUGUAAAUUAAUACAGUUACAUUUGAACACUAGACAUGGAGCGAGAUAUCCAGCCCCAGAUGAUAUUAUUGCUUACGAAAAAUUGGAAAAAGCAUUUGCUAAUGUUCCUAUUGCAAAAGAAUGGGUAAUAAACAUUAUUUGUCAUAUUCAACAAGGAGAAAUCGAACCAUUCUUUGAUGGUAAGCAGUCUCUUAAAAGAUACCCAGAAUUUUGGAGAGGAGUUAAAUACGAUCCCGAAGUUGUAAAAUUUCAAAGUACCGGUACUUCAAG